CCCAACGAGGGUCUCUUCGUAUCCGUUGUACGAUUUAUUUAAUUUCUCGAUCACCGAAGAAACCCCAAAAUCCGCCAUUAACUCUCUGCGAAAGAAAAAUGUUGGAGCUCCGUCUACUCCAAGGGGGUCUUCUGAAGAAGGUUCUUGAAGCCAUGAAGGAUCUCGUCAACGACGCCAAUUUUGAUUGUUCCCCUACUGGUUUCUCUCUCCAAGCCAUGGAUUCUAGUCACGUUGCUUUGGUCUCUCUCCUUCUCCGCUCAGAGGGUUUCGAGCACUAUCGCUGCGAUCGCAACGUCUCCAUGGGUAUGAACCUCAACAAUAUGGCUAAGAUGCUUCGCUGCGCUGGCAACGACGACAUCGUUACGCUCAAGGCCGAUGAUGGUAGCGAUUGCAUCACCUUCAUGUUCGAAAACCCUUCGCAAGAUAAGAUAGCUGAUUUUGAGAUGAAGUUGAUGGACAUUGAUAGCGAGCAUCUCGGAAUCCCUGAUGCCGAAUAUCAGUCAAUUGUUAGAAUGCCAGCAGCUGAGUUUGCGAGGAUUUGCAGGGAUCUCAGCACCAUUGGCGAUACUGUUCUGAUCUCUGUGUCCAAGGAAGGAGUUCAAUUCUCAACCAGAGGAGAUAUGGGCACUGCCAAUAUCGUUUGCAGACGAAAUACCACAGUUGAUAAGCCUGAAGAAGAUGUCAUAAUAGAGAUGGAAGAACCAGUUAGCUUAACCUUCGUCCUGAGGUACCUCAACUCUUUCACAAAGGCAACCCCUCUGGCAACUCAGGUGACCAUUAGCAUGUCUUCAGACCUACCUAUGGUGAUUGAAUACAGAAUUGAAGGUAUGGGUUAUAUAAGAUACUACUUGGCUCCUAAGAUCGAUGAAGAAGAAGAAGAAGCUGCAGCUGAAGCGAUUCGCAGACCUGAGAUAGAGCCCAAGAAUACAGAAAAAGCAAAACCUAAAGCAGAUUUGAAGCCAAAGGUCAAGCCUAAACCUGAAUCAGAGAUGAAGAUUGACGAGGACAAUGAGUCUGUAAAUGAAUUCAAUGCUGAAGAGGAAACUAAUACUCCCAAGGAACCGAAGAUUGAAACGAUGGAACUUUGAGUGAUGCCCGAAGUGAAAUUAGUUAGGUAGUAGGAAACGUUAGCCACUUCUUAACUCCUGUUGAUUAGGUUAGUAGCAAGGGGUAAUUUUUGUGACAUAAAUGCAACAAUUGGUGGCUAUAUGUUUUUGGAAUCUAUUGUAAGAAUCUAGACUAAUAUUUUGGGGUCAGGAUUGGUUACCAUUUCAUCCAAAUCCUGACCAUGGAAGGAGAAAUGAGAAGUUGAUGUAUUUCUGUA